GAAGAGGCGGAGCGUGCGGCUCAGCGGAGCCGGGAGCGGUGCGGGAGCGGCCGGGAGAGGCCCAACGGGGCCGGGCCGGGGCCCGGGGCCUGGUCCGCGGCGAUGCCGAGUAAAAAGAAGAAAUAUAACGCCCGGUUCCCUCCGGCUCGGAUCAAGAAGAUCAUGCAGACGGAUGAGGAGAUUGGGAAGGUGGCGGCCGCCGUCCCCGUCAUCAUCUCGCGGGCCUUGGAGCUGUUCCUGGAAUCCCUGCUGCGUAAAGCCUGCCACGUCACCCAGUCCCGCAACGCCAAGACCAUGACCACCUCCCACCUGAAGCAGUGCAUCGAACUGGAGCAGCAGUUCGAUUUCCUGAAGGAUUUGGUGGCCGCCGUCCCCGAUAUGCAGGGGGAGGGGGACGAGCCCCACGGCGAGGGGGAGAGG